GGGUUAAAAAAAACCAUUUCCGCGUUGUUCGCAUUUUAGCAUCCAGCCGCUACCAGUUCUCCAGAAAGAAGUGCAACUUUCAUUUUAUUUCGUCGCUUUGCAGCACAGCAUUCAGUUUGAGACAAGGAGGUUGACUUUGAAGGUCGGUGGGUAAAAAGUGCUGUCCGGUUUGGUUUAAGGUUGCUGAACAGUUAAUGCACAAGGUAAAGAGGCUGAAAACUGAGGAUAAAACAGAAGACGGCCAGAAAAGCAUCAAAAAGGCACUGGCAGGCAUGACCGGAGUGGACGAGCUGUCUGACAGCACAGAGGUGGUGGAGAUGGAGGAUGUGAAUCCUACCCAGUUCCAUGUGGAGAAGCACUCUUGGGAUGGGCUGAGGAAGAUCAUCCACAACAGCCGCAAAAACACCGGCGUCGUGAUCAGCAAGGCACCACAUGAUUUCCAGUUUGUUCCAAAAGAUGAGGCUAGUCCGCAUUCUCAUCGCAUCUACUACCUCGGAAUGCCUUAUGCCAGCAGGGAAAACGCCCUGCUCUACUCGGACAUUCCCAAGAAGAUUCGCAAAGAUGCCCUGCUGGUUUUGUCAUGGAAACCGAUUCUGGAUCGGUUUCAGGCCAGCCCUCACCACAGAGGCUUCUCUCGGGAGGAGGAGCUGCUGCGAGAGAGGAAGCGUUUGGGGGUGUCCGGCAUCACCUCCUAUGAAUACCACCAGCCCAGCGGGCUCUUCCUGUUCCAAGCCAACAGCAGCCUGCACUACUGCCGGGAUGGUGCAAACAACAGUUUUAUUACUUCUCCGAUGGAUCCCACAGAAAUCAAGAGCCAAAACUCAGGCACACGGAUGGACCCUAAGAUCUGCCCUGGAGAUCCCACCUUCAUCGGUUUCAUCAACAACAACGACAUUUGGGUGACAAAUAUCAAGACAAGAGAAGAAAGGAGACUCACCUUCUGCCAUAAAGGUAUUGAUAACCCAAAAGAUGAUUCUAAAUCUGCUGGUGUAGCUACGUUUGUCACCCAGGAAGAGUUCGAUCGUUUCACUGGAUAUUGGUGGUCUCCGGUUACUCAUACAGAGCCAGAUGGUUAUAAAACUCUGCAGAUUCUGUAUGAGGAGGUGGAUGAGUCUGAGGUGGAAAUCAUCCAUGUCCCAUCUCCAGCUCUGGAAGAGAGAAAGACUGAUGUGUACAGAUACCCACGUGCAGGUAGCAAGAAUCCUGACAUUACUCUCAAAAUAGCAGAAAUCAGAACCGACAGCCAAGGAAAUAUUGUCAGCACACAGGAGAAAGAGUUGCCUGUUGCCUUCACUAGUCUGUUUCCCAACGUUGAGUAUAUCACCAGAGCUGGUUGGACAAAAGACGGUCGAUAUGCGUGGGCGGUCAUGAUGGACCGGCGGCAGCAGCACCUCCAGCUUGUCUUGCUCCCUCCUGCACUCUUCAUUCCUGCUCAUAAUGAUAAAUUCAGAAGGCAUGAGAGCCUGAAGGUCCUCGGAGACUCCGUCCAUCCCUUCAUCAUCUACCAAGAGACCAGUGAUGUCUGGAUCAAUGUCCAUGACAUCUUCCAUCCUUUUAUCCAAACGUCUGAUGACGAGUUCACCUUCAUCACAGUAAAUGAGUCCAAAACAGGCUUCUGCCACUUGUAUAAAAUCACCUCUGUGUUACAGCAGAAGAGCUUUAACUGGACUGAGGGCUACAUACACUCUGAAGAUGAUUUUAAGUGUCCGGUUAAAGAGGAGGUGAUGGUGACCAGUGGGGAGUGGGAGGUGCUGGCCAAUCAUGGAGCAAAGCGUUCCUGCAGUCCUCAGAUUUGGGUGGAUGAGGCGGCAAAGCUGGUUUAUUUCCAGGGAACCAAGGACUCUCCUCUGGAGCACCACCUUUACGUGGUGAGCUACGAGUCUCCAGGGGAAGUCGUCCGACUCACCAAACCUGGCUUCUCCCACAGCUGCUCCGUCAGCCAGACCUUUGACAUGUUUAUCAGCCACUACAGCAGCUUAACAACCUCUCCGUGUGUUCACAUCUACAAGCUGAUUGGUUCGGAUAGCGACCCGUUGCACAAAGAGCCGCAGCUCUGGGCGAGCUUGAUGGAGUCUUCUGGUCAUCAUUUUGAUCCUUCCACUCCAGAAAUCUUUAACUUUACCGGAAAGUCAGGCUUUGAGCUUUAUGGCAUGUUGUACAAACCAAACCACCUGGUUCCCGGCAGGAAGCAUCCCACCGUUGUCUUUGUCUAUGGUGGUCCUCAGGUGCAGUUAGUGAAUAACUCUUACAAAGGCGUGAAGUAUCUUCGGCUGAGCACUCUGGCGUCUCUGGGCUACGUGGUGCUGGUCAUCGAUGGGCGGGGCUCUUGCCAGCGAGGACUUAAGUUUGAAGGGGCUGUGAAGGACAAGAUGGGUCAGGUGGAGCUUGAAGACCAGGUGGAGGGUUUGCACUACAUAGCUAACAAGUAUAAGUUUGUGGACUUGAGUCGCGUCGCCAUCCAUGGCUGGUCGUACGGAGGCUUCCUCUCCCUCAUGGGUCUCGUCCACAGACCCGAAACCUUUAAGGUUGCGGUUGCAGGAGCCCCGGUGACCUUGUGGACGGCCUACGACACGGGCUACACGGAACGAUAUUUAGACACGCCUGACAAAAACCAGAAGGGAUACGAAGCCUGUUCCGUCGCUCUGCAUGUCGACAGGCUUCCCAAUGAGCCCAACAGGCUGCUCAUCCUACAUGGAUUUUUAGAUGAGAAUGUACAUUUCUUCCACACUAACUUCCUGGUGUCCCAACUCAUCCGAGCAGGAAAACCCUACAGCCUACAGAUUUAUCCCAACGAACGGCACAGCAUCAGGUGUCCGGAGUCCGGGGAGCAUUAUGAGAUUACGCUGCUGCACUUCCUCCAGCAGAACCUCUGAUAAGCCUUUCCACACACUAACUUUCCUUUCCUUGCUUCCUACCCUCCUCUCCUGUUUUUACUCAUGUUUGUUCAAACCUGCAUCACCUGUGACUUAACUUGAUUUUUAUGAUCAGUUGAAUGCAAACUACGCCAAACCUCAUCACACCUCAAGAGAUGAUUAUGAGUCUUCAAGUUGCUGCAGCAUUUUAGCAUUAAGAUAAUAUUACUUGAUUCAGAUGUUAGUAAAGUUAGCAUGAAUCAUCACACAGGCCUUGGAAACAGUCUUACAGUGAAUGUGUUUGGCUUGUUUCAGGCCCUGAAACCAACAGAGGGCGCUGUUUACUCAGAGUAAAUCUAAAACUCUCGGAGCGUGUAGGGGUGACAGAAAUAAUUGUUGGUAUUUAAAAUGCUGUUUGCUGCUCCGCAAACAGGAGAUGCCAGUGAAGACGUACGUGGACCUUCCUUAGACUUUUAAAGAGAUUUCUCUAUUUGUUUUGAAGCUUUAUCGAUUUUAGCAGCUUUUUUCCCUCUAACUUAAAGCAGCAUUCCCCCAUUUCAUCUGAAUUUAACAAUUGUAAAACUCUUUAAGAGAUAACAAGCAACUCUUUUUACCACUUUUAAUUACACUGAUAGGUUUUUCUCUGAGUUUUGUCCUUUAAGUGCUGCCACAGAUUAUUUUAUUCACUAACAGAGUCCAACUUCACACUUUUAUUGGGUGAUAUUUUAAAAAGAAAUAUGAGUGAUGGGCACACGUUGUAACUUGUUGCUGAUCUUUUCAGUCGUCUGCUUUACCUUGAUGUGGAACUUGUCUUUCUUCUGCUGCUGAGAACUUUUGCACAGUAAAUAUUUGCCUCGGUGCCAAGAAACUGACCUAUAAGAAGACAUUUCAGUCGACUGUUGGCAGUCUUAGGUGCCUUUCUAGAAUUUAGGAGCACCUGCUCUCACAGUAAAUAUAUAUUUAUCAGGGAAUCUAACACAAGACUUUGUAGGGGCCGGUAUCCACUGGUCCGGUCAGACUUGGCAUCGCGUGAUGACAUCAUCAAGCUGCUGCCGGCUGCAGAGGAUCAUGGGACAUGGAGUCCCUGCUGGCGCUGAUAUCAUUAUGCUUUAUUGUCUACGCUUCAGGGCGUAGAUGGCAUAGUCCUUUGGAGAAAAUACUGCGUAGUAAUUUUCUCAUGAGGGCAGGACCCCAACAACUUGCAGCAGUGAGUGAGUCUGAUGUCUUGUUACUGUCUGAUGAAAACCUGUUAGAGGAGCUAUUGUUAUACAUACACAGUGAAAUGUUCUCUAAACCCUUGAAAAAAUAAACAGAAGUAAACAAUGUAUUAAAGUU